UUGUUGUCAAUCCAUUUUGCCGAAGAAGUAAGGAGGUGGUGAAAGACCUGUGGGAGAGGACAUAGGCCGGAUGGUUAAAUCCAACCUACAGACGAUCCUAAAUAGCCACUGUUUUGUAAGAGAAAAGGAAAGAAACAUACCCAAAAUGCCAGUUAUCGACAUGACCAGUAAUAUGACCGAAAGUAAAAGUCCUUGUCGGUGUUCCCGGUGUUGCAGUAACCUGUGUCCGGGGCCUCGGUGGUGCUCCGAUGCCCCUCUCCCACCCCUGAAGAUCCCAGGUGGGCGAGGGAAUGACCAGAGGGAUCACAAUCUUUCAGCUAAACUCUUCCACUCAGACGCUAGGCUGCAGGUUCUCGAGGAGCCCCCCCCCUCAGCAGGCCGAGUACGAUUCCUGCACUUUGAGCCUCGCAGAGUGGAGGGCAAGCGCUGCACCUGGAGGGGGGCCCUGAAGGGGGGCAACCUGUACAUCGAGAUACCCCCCGGAGCCCUGCCUGAGGGAAGCAAGGACGGUUUUGCCCUCCUGCUGGAGUUUGCAGAGGAGCAGCUGCAGGUAGAUCACGUCUUCAUCUGCUUCCACAAGAACCGCGAUGACAGAGCAUCGUUGCUGCGGACGUUCAGUUUCCUGGGCUUUGAGAUUGUGAGACCAGGCCAUCCCCUUGUCCCUCCUCGCCCCGAUGCUUUCUUCAUGGCCUACACGAUAGAGAGAGACUCCUCCGACGACGAAUAACGCUGAUGGAACACUUACGCCCGCACACCCAAGCUAUCCUUCUCACUUUCAGUUUCUGUAAAACUCAGCAUUGUGGAUGAUUGUUUGAAUUUGUUUUUCCUGUACUACCAUUAAAAAUGUGCUGUAUUAGAAUGCCAUCUGCUCUUAAUAUAACCUGAAAAGGCAAGGAACAAUGCCUGUGGGAGACCCCGGGCACCUAGCCUCAUUGCUCGGGUAGAAAUUUGAAUAAAUUUGUUUUGUGCUGACUUAGAUUCACCUUUGUCCUCAAUCCAACAGCUACUGAUCAUCCCUAGGAUGUAAUAUUUAUGGGUAUAAUUCCCAUGCAGAAUUAAAAACAUUCUUGUGUAAUUAGUUUUGUUUUCAUGGCUGUUUUGUUGAUUUUUAUUGUUGGUAUUGAUUUUAAAAAGUGUGCAUGAAUCUGAAUUUUAGACGUGUUUUGUUUCACUGGACUGAGAUCUGCAUGUUGUAACAGUGCGCAAAAUAAAACUGCUCACCUUAACAUGUGGUCCUUUUUGAUCUUUGAAGAAAGAAUUAAUGUUUGUGUUGAGUACCCCAGAGUACAUUGCUGGGAAGAUGAAUUCAGCCAAUUUAUACUGAUAGAAUUGAAUGCAAGUAUGUAAACGCAAAUCAUGUUGUUAUAAACAAUUUAUU